GCGCGGCUGAGCCAAUGAGAAGAGGGUGCGAAAGGCACAAGGCGGGAUGUCCGCUGGCAGGGCGCUGCUGUAGAAUUCACGGUUCUGUUUACAGUCCCCGCUUGUCCCGCUGCUCCCCGGCCCAGGAACCGGCGCCAUGCUCGGCACUGACAAGCUGCCCAUCGAGGAGACGCUGGAGGACAGCCCUCAGACCAGGUCCCUACUGGGGGUGUUUGAGGAAGAUGCCGCUGCCAUUUCCAGUUACAGUAACCAGCUGUUCCACGCUAUGCGCCGGAUCUACGACGCUCAGAACGAGUUAAGCGCCGCCACCCACCUGACCUCCAAACUCCUGAAAGAAUAUGAGAAGCAGCGCUUUCCUCUAGGGGGCGACGAUGAGGUCAUGACUUCAACACUACAGCAGUUUUCCAAAGUGAUUGAUGAACUGAGCUCGUGCCAUGCCGUUCUCUCCACCCAACUGGCCGAUGCAAUGAUGUUCCCUAUUGGCCAAUUCAAAGAAAGGGAUUUGAAAGAAAUAUUAACACUAAAAGAAGUUUUCCAAAUCGCCAGUAACGAUCACGACGUUGCCAUCAACAGGUACAGCCGGCUCUCCAAGCGAAGAGAGAAUGAAAAGACCAAGUUUGAAGCCACGGAAGACGUUUACACGGCCCGGAAGAAGCAGCACCAGACUAUGAUGCAUUAUUUCUGCGCAUUGAACACCAUUCAGUAUAAGAAGAAAACUGCCAUUUUGGAGCCGUUGCUAGGGUACAUGCAAGCCCAGAUCAACUUCUUCAAAAUGGGCUCAGAAAAUCUGAACAGCCAAUUGGAGGAGUUCCUAACGAACAUUGGAACCAGCGUGCAGAGUGUCCGGAGAGAGAUGGACCAGGACAUGGAGAACAUGCAGCAGACGAUCCAGGACAUGGAAGCAGCCAGUGAGCCCCUGUACCUGCCAGACCCCGACCUAAAGAAACUCCCCGUGAAUCGCAACUUGACCCGGAAAGCGGGUUACCUCAACAUACGCAACAAGACCGGCCUGGUGUCGUCCAGUUGGGACAGACAUUACUACUUCACGCAGGGCGGGAACCUGAUGAGCCAGGCGAGGGGCGACGUGGCCGGGGGGCUUGUCAUGGACAUAGAUAACUGCUCGGUGAUGGCCAUCGAUAGCGAGGACCGGAGAUACUGCUUCCAGAUCACGGCGUUCGACGGCAAAAAGUCAGUCAUUUUACAAGCAGAAAGCAAAAAGGACUGCGAGGAGUGGAUCAGUACAAUAAACAACAUCUCCAAGCGGAUUUACCUGACGGAGAACCCGGAGGAAACGGCUGCGAGAGUCAACCAAUCAGCACUGGAGGCCGUGACUCCCUCCCCGUCCUUCCAGCAAAGGCACGAGAGUAUGCGGCCGGCAGUACCCUCCAGACCCCACGCCACACGUACCAGCAGCACCGGAUCCAUUGGAUCAGAUUCUUCAGCCCUUACCGCCCUCUCACUGGACUCCAUUGUAGCUCCUGACACUCCCAUCCAGUUUGACAUCAUUUCCCCAGUUAGCGAGGACCAGUCCGGGCAGCCGAGAACCCCGGGGCAGACUGGCAGACGAACAAACCCAUUUGGAGAAUCUGGGGAGAAGUCAGAAUCUGAAGACUCCAUCUUGCACCAGCUGUUUAUUGUGCGGUUCCUCGGCUCCAUGGAAGUGAAGUCUGACGAGAGUGCGGAAGUCGUGUACGAGACGAUGCGGCAGAUCCUGGCAGCCAGAGCCAUACACAACAUCUUCCGUAUGACCGAGUCCCACCUCCUCGUCACGUGCGACUGCUUGAAGCUGAUUGAUCCACAAACCCAAGUCACGAGGCUGAGGUUCCCUCUGGCCAACGUGGUCCUGUACGCCACCCACCAGGAAAACAAGCGGCUGUUCGGCUUUGUGCUGCGCUCGGCGGGGGGGCGGGCCGAGGGGCGGCCGCUCUCUGUCUGCUACAUCUUCGAGUCCAACAACGAAGGGGAAAAGAUCUGCGAUUCCGUGGGGCUGGCGAAACAGAUCGCUCUUCAUGCAGAACUUGAUCGCCGAGCGUCGGAGAAGCAGAAAGAAAUCGACAAAGUCAAAGAGAAACAACAGAAAGAAAUCAGCAAACAGAAACAGAUAGAAAAGGAUCUGGAAGAGCAGAGCCGUUUAAUCGCCGCCUCCAGCAGGCCCGCCCAGGCCAGCGCCGAGGGGCAGUUUGUGGUUCUGAGCAGCAGCCAAUCAGAAGACAGCGAUGUGGGGGACGAGGGGAAGAAGAAGCAGCGAGAGUCGGAGGCGUGACGGAGGCCGAUUAAAGGCACGGGCAGGACACAUCGCCUUUUAUUAUCCCCGUAAUCACUCGAGUACAAGCGCUCAUUACUUUGCCUUUGGGAAGCGGCCAUGUUUGGGGGCCGCCAUACUGACCCGGGGCGCCCCCGCGGAACCUUCGGUGCCCCCCAGACCAAGCCUAUUGUGAUGCUGCCUCCAUUUACAGGACAAUAAAGGGGAAGCGCCGAGCUUGAUGGGAGUUGGGCGUCGGCCUCGCGCCGUCCGUCGUCGUUUGUAAUGAAUCGUUGUCGUAACGGGACGCUCUUGUGCCCCAUCGUGAUUAAACCUUUUAAUUGCUGGGGGCGGGGGGGGGGUUAAUGCGUUUGCCCUCAAUGCCCUCUUGAAUGUCCUGCCGCCGUCCAUAAGGGCAGUCAGGUGUAUGGUUUAAAGGGCAAGCUAACCUCAAGAUUAAAAUUUUAAUAAGUCACAUUCUAAGAAA